GGACCAUCCGAGGCGGUAGACGCUUAUGUCCAAGCGCUGCAUAGCGCCACCCGUCGGCCCCGAGUAAAACUGCAGCGCCUCCUCUCCUUCCUACUCUCCAAUGUUCACAGCUCGGCCGGAGCCCGUCGUCUUCCCGGCUCCAUUUCAACUGGAUUUUUAACACUCCUAACCACCCCAGAUCAGGACAGGACCGCGUCUAAGGUGGAAAAUGUCCAGUGAAAGGCAACGGUCAGAUGAUGAAAGUCCCAGCACCAGCAGCGGCAGUUCCGAUGCGGAUCAGCGAGAUCCUCCGGUGCCAGAACCAGAAGAACAAGAGGAGCGAAAACAACCCACGCCUCCACAACAGCAGAAGAAGUCCACCAAACUGUCCAGCAAAACAACAGCCAAAUUAUCCUCCAGCGCAAAGAGAAUCCAGAAAGAGCUUGCAGAAAUCACUCUGGAUCCUCCACCCAACUGCAGUGCGGGACCCAAGGGCGACAAUAUCUAUGAGUGGAGAUCCACCAUUCUGGGCCCUCCAGGUUCAGUCUAUGAGGGAGGCGUGUUCUUUCUGGAUAUCACCUUCUCUUCCGAUUACCCCUUCAAGCCACCAAAGGUCACUUUCCGCACAAGGAUCUAUCACUGCAACAUCAACAGUCAGGGUGUGAUCUGCCUGGACAUCCUGAAAGAUAACUGGAGCCCAGCUCUGACCAUCUCGAAGGUCCUGCUUUCCAUCUGUUCUCUGCUGACAGACUGCAAUCCAGCGGAUCCUCUGGUGGGAAGCAUAGCUACUCAGUACCUGACCAACAGAGCAGAGCAUGACAGGAUAGCUCGACAGUGGACCAAGAGAUACGCCACAUAGACGGCGCCCGCUCGCUCGCCCUCCCAUCGACCCACACCCGUGCACCACCCCCUUCUUCCCGGCCUCCCUUUGUCCGCCCCUCCUUGCCGCACUCUUCUCCAGCGCCGCCCCAGUUCCCAUCACCCGCAGGAGUGUAAAGAUCCAGGAGAGGCAACUUUACAACGUGCAACAAAUCUUUAUAGCCUUUACAAUACGGACUUCUGUGUAUAUGUCAUACUGAUUCUACCCCGUGUUUUUACCCGAUACGGACUGGGAGCGCAGACAGGACCCGCCAAGGUGUAAAGGCUGCAGGAGUAGAAUUUUGUAGCUGUAGAUUUAGUUCUGUUUAAAAGCCUACUUGCAAGUCUUGCUUCUUUGGGAUAUAAAAAAAAAUGUAUUUUGUGAUGUAAUAAGGAAAAUGUUCCUAAAGUCUACCAAAUAUUAUGGUGCAUUUUAGCCUAAUUCAUUAUCUGUAUGAAGUCGAAGAAAACCACAAAAAAAAGAUAAAAAAAGAAAUAAAAAUAAAAACAAGCUGUAGAUUAUUAGAAAUGAUGUCAUUUAUAUGAGACCCACGCUCAUUUCCAGUUCUGUGGUACAUGCUGUUGUGAAUCUGUUAUACCUUUGUCAGUUUGUAAUGAAGCGAUCUCAUUGAACGUUUUGUAGCUCAGCUGAAAUGAGCAACCACUGUAAGAUCCCCUCCAACACAAUAAAAAAAGAAAACUGUC